AUGGACGAAAACCUCGACGAGAGCACGAUCCACGAGAUCGAGGGGGUUCUGGGCACCAAGAUCUACCCAGGGACGGAGAUCAUGAAGGACGUAGGAUCUCACCACUUCGUCAAGGGCGCAAAUCACCGCAGCGUGCUCGUCCCGCAGCCUUCGGACGAUCCGCGCGAUCCCCUCAACUGGAGCCCCUUUUGGAAAUCUACCACCAUCUUCGCAGCAACCGCAGUAUCAUUUUCCCUCAACCUAGGCCCGCUCGCCCUCGCUCCCAUGUUCGACUACUACAUCGAGGCCUAUAAAUGCUCCCUCGCCGACGUGGUCCAGUUCACAGGCGUGGCGAUUCUCGUCCUGGGCUUCAGCAACUUCAUCUGGGUGCCCAUGUCGACCUGCUUCGGCCGCCGCCCCGUCGCCAUCCUCUCCUCGCUGAUCUGCGCCUUCUCCUCGGUCUGGCGCGCCCGUGCCACCUCUUACGGCUCCUUCAUGGGCGCCUGCGUUCUCAACGGGCUGGGCGCGGGACCCUGUGAGACCCUCAUGCCACAGGUAAUCGCCGAUAUCAUCUUUCUGCACGACCGUGGCAAGUACCAGACGCUCUACUUCAGCCUGUACUUCAUCUCGCUCAUGGUCGGGCCCGUUAUUUCGGGAGCCAUGGCCCUCAACACGGGUGUCGAGAGCUUCUGGUGGUUCAACACCGGCAUGCUCUUCUUCACCAGCCUGGUCUGCAUUUUUCUCUUUCCCGAGACGCGCUACCACCAUCGCGACAGCCAGGAGAAAGGGCACGAAAGCACACUCGAGGACACGAGUACGCACGCCUCCGCCGGCGGCGCAGCAGGAAUGAAUAGCCUCGCCCACGCCGAGACGCACAUAGACCCUUACCUUGGCCGCGGCGGACCUGGCAGGGCUCAGUUUCUCCCAAUCCAGCCCUAUGCCGGCGGGCUCCUCCGCGAACUGUGGCUGCCGCUAUACCUGCACCUGUACCCAGUGGUUGAGUUUGCCGCUUUCGUGGUGUCGUGGUCAGCUUCCGGAUUCUUGGUGGUCAACCUAUCGCAGGCGCAGGUGUUUGCGGCCCCGCCGUACAACUUUUCCUCGCAGACCAUCGGCCUGUUCAACUUGGCCGUGCUGGUGGGCGGGCUCGUCGGCCUGUUUACCUGUGGACCGCUGAGCGACUGGGUUGCGGCGCAUUUGACAGCGCGCAACAAUGGCGUGCGCGAGCCCGAGAUGCGGCUGGUGGCUAUGGUUCCUUAUAUCAUCAUCAUGAUUAUCGGCAGCGUCAUUACGGCAGUGGGUUACGACCGGCACUGGCCGUGGCAGGUCAUCGUUAUCAUUGGGUACAGCUUCCUGGGCAUACAGGUCGCUGCACUGCCCAGCAUCGCUAGCACGUAUGCCAUUGAUAGUUACAAGCCCAUCACGGGAUCAGUCUUUGUCAUCAUCACCAUCAAUAAAAACCUCUGGGGAUACGGCGUCAGCAAGUUCAUAACGCCAUGGUCGAUAGCGAACGGGUUCGUGCCACCAAUGCUUACCAACAUGGCCCUUAUCACCUUGUUCAGCUGCAGCGGCAUCAUUUUCUGGUUCUUUGGCAAGAAGUUCCGGGGUAUGACAUCCAAGUCAUUUGUACACAAGUUGUGA